AUGCGGGCAGCCUGCUCCAGCGUGAGUGGCUUUAUGGUUCCACCUCUGCAGGUAGUGCUGAGGCAAAGGGACUCGACACUGCAGGCUGCCGUAGAUGCGUUGCUAGAGGCAUCUGCUGCAGAGAAGCUAAGUGAAUGCUUCAGCAUGUACUCGGAGCUACAGUCGGGCAAGGAUGGCGAUCCACGACACACGGUCAAUGGAUCGUUGACUUUUCAUCACAAGCUAGCGCAGACAAGAUUAAUCGCUGAAGCAUUGUCGAGAUCAAGCCAACCGAACUCAUGCGGUUGCAACUCAUCCAGCCCUGCUCCACUCACAUCAGUGGCGAGAGUUGCGUCGGAGAGACAACACUGUGCCACUUCAUGGAUCAAAGCAGCUCUGGAGUCGGAUCUCUCGCGACUCCCGGCGCAGCAAAAGACUGCUUCUGAGCCCCAGGAAGCACCUCCAAGCAAUGCAGACGUGCUAAGCCCCACCACCCACUCUCACAGGCCAAAGAAUACCGCUUCGUCCAUGGGGAGCAACAGCCUGCUGCUGGCUUCGAGCGCGCUGCAGCACGAGUACAACAGAUGGUUUCUCAGAUACAUCGACAAGUUCCUCGACUCCAUCCAGGGCGAAACUGGAUACGGUGCAUGCGAGUUGGAGGUCGCCAGUUUGCUGUGCCAGCUGAAGCGAGUCGACGACUGGUUGAACGACGUCACCGGCAAGGAGGUAACCGAAGACGAAGCAGAAGCGUGCGAGAGAGUGAGAAGGAAGAUCUACGGCAUUCUGCUGCGGCAUGUGGAGAGUGCUGCCAUUGCUCUGGAAAGCAUGAGCACGCCCGAGGGGGAAAUGGACAGGGAUCUCAUGCUCUGUGGCUAG